ACCAAUGACAGCGCACGAAUUUUCACCGUCCAUGUGUUUCUUUCCUAGAUCAGCCAUGAUAAACAUAAACAAACCUCGCCGGUAGUGUCUCGUUAAUUUUCGCGAGUUUUCUGGAGUUUUCCGCAAGUUUUUAGUGACCAGGACAGUAAAACGAUUGGUUGCCUGUUUUCGGAUCCGAGAGUGCUCUAUUCAGCAGUGGUAUUCGCUCGUAAAAGUUGAUAGAUUUAAAGUAAAAAAGCAAGUGCAUAGGUACAAACACAAACAGUAAUGGAAAGUUCCAGGGUCUACGUAGGAAGAUUGCCACGCGGUGUCCGUGAACGUGAUUUGGAAAGGUUUUUCGAGGGCUACGGUAGAACUCGGGAAAUUUUGCUAAGGAACGGAUACGGCUUUGUCGAAUUUGAGGAUUAUCGUGAUGCUGAUGAUGCGGUACAUGAGCUGAACGGGAGAAAACUGUUGGGUGAAAGAGUGAUUGUGGAACCUGCCCGAGCUCGUGGAGGCCGCCGUGAACGAGAUCGCCGUGGAGGUCGCUUUGAAAAAUCAAGCUCUCGCUUUGGACCUCCGCUGCGUACCAAGUACCGAUUGGUUGUCGAAAAUCUAUCAUCUCGUGUCAACUGGCAAGACCUGAAGGAUUAUAUGCGCAAGGCAGGUGAAGUCACUUAUGCUGAUGCCCAUAAUCAGCGCAUGAAUGAGGGUGUUGUAGAGUUUGCCACACAUUCGGAUAUGAGAAAUGCCAUCGAGAGAUUAGAUGAUACGGAGUUGAACGGUCGUCGCAUCCGUUUGGUCGAUGAUAGAGGCGGCCGAGGAGGAGGUGGCCGUGGACGUUCUCGAUCGUCUCCAAGUCGAUCGCGAUCAAGAUCCCGUCGUCGUUCGCCUGUGUCGCGGUCUCGCUCAAGAUCGCCGCGUAGACGUUCGAAGAAUCGCAGUGUAUCCAAAUCCAAGAAAAUGUCGAAGUCACCUGAAAAAUCACGGUCGCCAUCUCGCACCCGCUCCAAGAAAUAUCGUGAAUCGAAGUCAGCAGAAAAGUCCCGUUCACGUUCUGUGUCCCGUUCCCGCUCUAUCAAGAACCGUGAAAGUGACGUCAAAUCGAAGUCCCGAUCACGCUCACCAAAACGCGAUCGUGAUUCUCGUUCCCCAAAACGUGAUCGUGAUUCUCGUUCGCCGAAACGUGAUCGCGAUUCUCGUUCAUCCAAGCGCGAUCGCGAUUCUCGUUCUCCUAAACGUGGCCGGGAUGUUUCCCGUUCCCGAUCACGUUCCAAGUCCGAAAGCCGUUCGCGCUCCCGGUCUCGCUCCAAAUCCAAGGAACACAAGUCACGUUCUCGCUCGAGAUCUUAUUCCCGUUCGCGAUCCAACUCUCGAGGAACACGUGAUCGUUCGCGCUCGGUCGACAAGGACCGCAAAUCCCGUUCGGCAUCGCCGCAGAAAAACGAUCACUCACCAGAUCGCAACGGAAGCAUGGAGGAUUAAACAAGGAGCUCCAAUUGCUCUUGAAGAACCACUUCCGACAUUGAAAUUAACAUAUUUACAAAUGUAUUUUGAAUGCGCUUAUUUCUUGGUGAAAAUAAAUGCAUCUUUCCGACUGUGGUAAACAGUCACUUGAAUUUUGAAAGAUAUUUGAUAAAAGAAAGGCAUUUUGGAUUCCUUACAACAUAAUAACAUUACAUUUACAUACAUAUGUCUUAAGCAAACCUUCAAAUAACGAACAAACCACUUUUGAAAUUAACACUUUUACACUAACAACAAUAUGUAAAUAUUUGAUGCCAAUAAAUGGAAAUAGUUUUAGUUGAUAAAAUAA